GCUGCUGCUAUUGCUGCAGGAAGUCAAAGCGGGAGGAGGAGCUUGGCUUAUCUGGCCUUGGUUCCAGAGAUAGGGAACAAUGAGGCUCUCUCUGGAGAACUUUCUCCCUUCCCUUUGGGAAAGAGCCUCCCUGCAGACCCUCUUUUUCCUCUCUGUUAUUCUCCUGAUCCUGGCACAGUACCUGCAGAGGAGGAGGCGGCAUCACAACUACCCCCCUGGCCCUCCUGGGCUGCCCAUAUUUGGCAACUUCUUCCAGAUGGACUUGAAAAAUCCCAAUAUCACCCUCCAAAAAUUUGCCAAGAAAUACGGAAAUGUUUUCUGCACACAUGUGGGAAAUCUUACAUUUCUGGUAGUGACUGGAUUGCCACUGAUCAAGGAGGUCCUGGUCAACCAAGACCAAGUGUUUAUUGAUCGUCCCCAAGUUCCUGUCCACUUCCAUAUCAUUAAAUCAUUCGGCAUAGUAAUGUCUAAUGGCCAAACAUGGAAACAGCAAAGAAGAUUUGCCUUGAUGACCCUAAGGAACUUUGGUUUGGGAAAGAAGACCCUGGAAGAUCGCAUCCGGGAGGAGGCCAGGUAUCUCACUGAGGCUAUCAAGGAAGAAGAAGGACAGCCCUUUGACCCCCACUUCCAGAUCAACAAUGCUGUUUCUAACAUCAUCUGCUCUAUAACUUUCGGGCAUCGCUUUGAGUACCAUGAUUCUCAUUUUCGGGAGCUACUGAAAAGUUUGGACGAUAUUUUGAAGCUUGAAACCAGGUGGGAAUGCCAGGUCUUCAAUAUCUUUCCUUGGGCAAUGAAAUACCUGCCAGGAUCUCACCAGAAACUCUUUCAAGAAUGGAAGAAGCUCGAGUCCUUUAUAGAAAGUGUCAUCAAACAACAUAAGGAAGAUCUAAACCCAGAAGAGUCGCUGGACUUCAUUGAUGCUUACUUGAAGGAGCUGUCCAAGGAUAAUAUCCAUUCUAGUUUUGAUGAAAAAAAUUUAGUCUUCUGCACCCUGGACCUUUUCUUUGCUGGAACAGAGACAACUUCGACCACUCUGAGGUGGGCACUGCUGUAUAUGGCCUUUUAUCCAGAGAUCCAAGGCAAAAUACAAGCUGAGAUUGACCGGGUGGUUGGCCAGUUGAGGCAGCCCACCAUGGCUGAUAAGGAGAAUAUGCCCUACACUAAUGCAGCCAUUCAUGAAGUUCAGAGAAUGGGUGAUAUUCUUCCUUUCAAUGUGCCCCGGGUGGCUACAGUUGAUACCACAGUGGCAGGAUACCACGUGCCAAAGGUCAUUGAGCUUUGUGAUUAUGUAGUGGAGUACAGAACCACAGUUAGUGUGGUGGGAAUAGGAGUGCAAUACCUAGUUCAAUUUACUUGGAAGAACAGGGAUCGGAAGAGGAUCUGCCUGGGAGAACAGUUGGCUAGGGCUGAGCUCUUCCUUUUCUUCACUUGCCUGCUCCAGAAAUUCACAUUUCAGGCUCCCCUAAACACCAAGCUGAGCCUGGACCCCGAAGUUCGAGUGACCACUGCUCCUGCUUCUUACCAAAUCUGUGCCAUUCCUCGAGUGAUGUAAGCCAAGCAUCCAGCCAAGUGUCCAAGAUGGAGAAGGUGCCCAAUAUACACUUGCCGGUCGUUUCAUCUCUAAAUCACUCACUUCCAUAUUAAUUAUUUCUUUUGACUUAAACAGUUUGAGUAUUAAUCCAUCAGCUGCUGAGUUCAGUUCCUCAUUCCUAUUAGAAACCUUAUUAUAGACAAUAAAUCAAAAUUACUCCACUAUUAAUUAUAAUCUCUUGGGGCUAGUAAUGCCUACACCUUGAGAACUGCUGAACUCUUCCCUAUUCCUGUAAAGGUUCUUGUCAGAACUGCUUACACAAAGUACAUUUCUAUGAUGAUCAUGAAAACUCUUGGAAUACCUCAGCCAAUCAGAAAAUGUAAACGCCCAUGUGAAACAAUAUGAUCAAUGUUCCUCAUUUAUUGUUUAUGUUCUACUUUCUAAUGUUCCUCAAUUAUACCUGAAAAAUGCUCUGUGAGUUCACAAUGAGGCCCUUGUACCAAAUGAGGUUGCUGUGCACCUAUUUUACUGGCAAAUUGCUAAUAAACUAAUCACACUUGGUA